AUGAAAGAACAGCAGCGAUAGAUUAUGGAGAAUGUAAAUAAACGAAUUGAUGAAAUGCAAACAACGACUAGACAGUUUAUGCCCUCCUUAGUCAUUACCAGCAGUAAAGCACAAAAUACUAAAAAUAAUGACAAAUUUGAUAAUAGUCUUAUAUUCUCAAAUAAUUCCUUAAGGAAUCAUAAGAAUAGCAUUGCUGUAAACAAAGCUGAAUCUAAACAAGCAUUUCUUAUGCUAGAAUAAUAAAAGAAGGACAAGCUAAGUAAUAUGGCUCUCUAAAAAUUGACUAAGUUCGACUUUGAUCAGCUCGGAUAAGAGACUCUCAAGAAUUCCAGUAAUAACAAUCACAGUACUCACUUGUAGGAUAAAUUUGCCAAAUUCAUGACUAAGAGCGACAGUGAUGAGUCUGAGAAGAAUGGAUCUAUUGAAUUUGGAAUUAAUAUAGCUAGAAAUAGCUAGAGGAAGUAUAAAAAUACAAGGAAUAGCUAAAUUGAAAAUACGUUCUAAGUAAAUAAGGUAGCAAGUUCAAGAUUUAAUCAAACACAGAAUUCAAACAUAAAUAUCAAUGCCUAAAAACUCUAAAUAAUCAACAAUAUAGAUAAAUUGCAAGUUUAAAACUAAAGUAAGUUCCUUUAUUCAAUGUAGUAAGUUAGUCCUUUCAUAGAACGACUGCCUAGCUACUCUCAUGAUCCUAGAAGAUUGAGUGUAGUUAACAACACUUAAACUUUGCCAUCAAAAAGAAAAUUUUAGGAAGAAGGCGUUUAUACUAAUUAGUAUUUCACCAGCAUGAUUAAUGAGAGUUAAAACAUACUAGAAAACAAUGGACCAGAUUUCUAAUAAAUUUCAUUUGAUGCUAUACAUAAAAAAGUUGCUAUGAAUUUAUCAAGUUCUGUUGAGCUGCCUAAUAUUUAAUCUAGAAAUAGCAAAAUAAGAGAUGGAAAUUUGUUCCUAGAUCACUUUCAAAAUAUACCAUUCUAGCAGUUUCAUCUUAACUACCUCAAUUCAUAAUCCACAGUAUACAAUAAUCACUAUGAGACGCUUAAAAAUUAUACUAAAAACUUACCUCAGAUGCCUAAAAAGACUAUUACUAAUCUUGAAAUACUUGAAUCCGCUAUAAAAUCAACUAGUUUAUCUACGAACAAGAGGGCAAAAAAGAAAUCAUUUGCUUAGUUCAAUUUAUUCAAUUUGAAUUAAAGUAGAAGAUAGAAUGAGCAAUAAGAUGCCAAAAAGAAAAAUGUAGUGCUAGGCAAUAAAUUAAUACUACUGUAGAAUAAUAACAUUACGAGUAUAUCUAAUAAACGAAAGAAUUCUUUAAAGAAGAAAUCAUCUAGUAAUGUGAGUCAUACUAGUUCUUAAGACAGAAUGCUAAGUAAUAAUAAUAACAAAGAUUCACUAAUUCAUUAAAAAGAUUUUAAUUUAGAGGGUUCUCCUUAUUGA